AUGGGUCAAGAUCUGGCCAAGAUCAGUCGUGCGAAUAGGCGUGUUUACGUCGCGUCGGGCUUCCUGACGACGCCACGUGCCCAUGGCGUCGCGCCAAAGGCGCCCGAGGCUCUUGACACUGUUCGCGCGCAAGCUUCGGUGGAACUCAUAUGGUCUAGCUCAACUUGGCUGUCGGCUGUUGAAAUGGCACGGCCUAUGGUGAGAAGUCGUCUACGUUUGCCCGGUUACGUCGAAAUGAACAUGGGGUCGAAAAAAGAAAAAGCGUGUCCGGCGCUAUAUAGGGAAAACAGAUUUAAGUUCACAAUGUAUUACGCUUCGGUGGUAUGCAUCGUCUGUAGGAAUGCCUGGCGUGGCGCCAGCACUCGUCCCCGCAGGUACAAU